UGAAUCGAAAAUGGCUGAAAGAGGUGGAGAACGCGGCGCUGAGCGUGGCGGUGACCGUGGUGGUUUCGGACGUGGAUUCGGUGGUCGUGGUGGUCGUGACCGUGGUCCUAGAGGCCGUGGCCGUCGCGGAGGCCGUCCCGCGGAAGAAGAGAAAUGGGUCCCAGUCACCAAGCUCGGUCGUCUCGUGAAAGAUGGUAAAAUCCAGAAGCUAGAGCAGAUCUAUCUCCAUUCUCUCCCUGUGAAGGAGUACCAAAUCAUAGAUCUCCUAGUUGGACCUUCGUUGAAAGACGAGGUUAUGAAGAUCAUGCCUGUUCAGAAACAGACCAGAGCUGGUCAGAGGACGAGGUUCAAGGCCUUUGUCGUCGUCGGAGAUGGUAACGGACAUGUUGGAUUGGGAGUGAAAUGUUCCAAGGAGGUUGCGACCGCAAUUAGAGGAGGAAUCAUUCUUGCGAAGCUUUCUGUGAUUCCGGUGAGAAGAGGUUAUUGGGGAAACAAGAUUGGGAAGCCACAUACGGUGCCUUGUAAGGUUACUGGAAAGUGUGGAUCUGUUACUGUGAGGAUGGUUCCAGCUCCAAGAGGUGCUGGUAUUGUGGCUGCUAGGGUUCCUAAGAAGGUUCUUCAGUUCGCUGGUAUUGAUGAUGUCUUCACUUCCUCUAGAGGAUCUACCAAAACCCUCGGAAACUUUGUCAAGGCUACAUUCGAUUGUCUUCAGAAGACAUAUGGGUUCCUUACGCCUGAGUUCUGGAAAGAGACGAGGUUUUCAAAAUCGCCCUACCAAGAGUAUACCGAUUUCUUGGAUAAGAAGCAACUCCCUGCAGCCAAGGCUAUCACCGAGGCUGACGACCAAGCUUAAAGAUUGUACCCUCCUUCGUGAGGUUGAGUAUUAUCAGCUAAGAGAAAUGGUUUUGUAGGUUUGGUUAAUGCAAAUGUCUUUCCCUUGUUUUCUUCUUUGGCCUGUCGAUUUUGAUUUUGGAGAUUUAAUUUAAAGACAUCUGUUUUAGUUUCUGUCUUAAUACUUUUGCUGCAAGUCAAACUUAAUGAAUAUCAUGUUCAAUAGCAUGGUUUUUA